UCUCUGGGUUGAAAUAAUCCUCUCCAGCUUCCAGUGCACAGUCAAGGAAUUUUAAAAACAGAGGACUUUGUAACCACAAAAUACUCUCCGAGAUUUAAAAGGCCACGGAGCUCCAGAUGAAUAAUCAGUUAUCUUUCUUCUAACGAAAGUCCUCUGAUUACAAGCUGACACCGACAGCAAGCCACCCAACUCCAUCGCACACCGAUUGGAGGUAAAGGAAGGGUGGAAAUGGGCUUCUGGACAAAGCUUCCAGUAUUGGGGGUGCCAUUGUUCCUUGUCCUCGGCCUUGUUCCCGCUGCUGAGACGGAAAGACUCUCCACCCAGGACAGCGGCGGCACCUGGAGCCCUGGCCGCCUGGUGGAAGUACUACGAGCUCUGUCUGCUGGUGACCCCCCACCCCUGAACCAUUCGCGAAGCCUCAUCGAAACCUUGCUGGAGAAAACCGGCUGCCCACGGAGGACAAACAGAAUGCAAGGAGGCUGCAGUCUGUGCUUUGAACCAGAUGCCCUGUUACUAAUAGCUGGAGGAGAUUUUGAGGAGCAGCUCCGAGAGGAAGUGGUCCAGAGGGUUUCUCUUCUCCUCCUCUAUUACAUUAUUCAUCAGGAAGAGAUCUGUUCUUCCAAGCUCAACAUGAGUAAUAAAGAGUAUAAAUUUUACCUACACAGCCUCCUCAGCCUCAGGCAGGACGAAAACUCCUAUUUCCUUUCACAGAACGAGACAGAAGACAUCUUGACACUCACCAGGCUGUACUUUGACACUUCUAGAAGCCAGUGUAUGGGAACCAAAAUGCUGCAGGAAAAAUCUGGAAUAGUGAGCAGUGACGGUGCUGAUGAAAAUACACUUCCUCAGCUGGCGGCGACAAUCAUCGCUUUGUCCCUCCAAGGUGUUUGUCUGGGGCAAAGGAACUUGCCUUCCCCAGACUAUUUUACGGAAUAUAUUUUCAGUUUUUUGAAUAGUUCAAAUACUCUCCACCUCUCGGGCAAAACCAUUAGCUUGUUAGCAAUAAUGAUACUGGUUGGGGACAGUCUGCAUAAUUUUGCAGACGGCCUCGUGAUAGGAGCGGCCUUCUCAUCUUCAUCCGAGUCGGGAGCGACCACCACACUUGCAAUCUUGUGUCACGAAAUUCCACAUGAAAUGGGAGAUUUUGCCAUGCUCUUAAGCUCUGGACUUCCUAUUAAGAUUGCCAUCCUUAUGAAUUUUAUAAGUGCUCUCACGGCCUUCAUAGGACUAUACGUUGGCCUCUCAGUAUCAACUGAUCCGUGUGUUCAAAACUGGAUCUUAACAGUUACUGCGGGAAUGUUCUUAUACUUAUCCUUGGUGGAAAUG